UAUGCCGAAAAAGCCGAGACGGAUGAUUUUAGGACCGAAGCUUCGGAAGAUUGUAACAAUGCUCCACAUACUCACCUGAGCUCGUCCUUUUCUUCUGAAAGCGGUGCACAUAAACGGAAAGCUGCGGUGCCCCACCGUCGUGAUGAGCUUGUUGCGCAGACUGCGCAGUCGUUAAUAGUUCCGAAUGGCGUAUUGUUGGAUCUGGAGUCGGACGCCGCAGCGAACAGCGCAUCGCAUGCAUCACUGUUGUCUCACAUCGACGACUCCGCGAUGCAGUGUCUUGACCGUCUCAUAAAUGGGAACCUUGAUGAAGUGUUCCCAUUCUGUGACGAUCAUGACAAUCUUUCGGGAUUUGCUGCUGGAAUGGAAAGCUCUUUUCAUGCAAAUCAGAGCAGUGGCAAUACAUAUCAACAAGAGGGAACUGGAGACCUGUUCUCUGAGUCUGCUCCUCCUCCACUUGAUGUCGGUCCAUCACAUAGCCCACCACCACCAGAAGUGGUACACAGCUCAAAAAGUCGCUCGAUCGAUGAAGGAGAAAUCAUUAGUGAAGAAAGUCUGCAUGGAAGAACCGAGAGAACGGCGUCGCUAGGCAAAAUAGUAACAAGAUCGGAUGAUCAUGAAAUCAAUACAGGUCGUGAGCACUCACCAGUUCCUCGAAGUGAUUCAAGACGUUCCUCGCUGGACUCUGGAAGGAGUAGGCGCGACGAGAGAAAAGUGGCGGACCGUUUGAAGGAUUUCAGUCGUAAUCCUCCAAAAUCAGAUCAUCGUUCAAGAAAGUCGACUACUGAUCGCGCAGAACUGAAGGAUGCUGUCAUAUUCGAGUCGGGUAACGUUCCCCGAGUGCACACACCUUCGACCACAGGAAGUCGUUUGUCAAGAGAGCGUACACGUGGAUUUUCGUCGUUGUUUGAGGAAGGUCACAGCAAUCCGUCUUCUCGUGAUUCGUCACCUCAUCGUGAAAAGUUAAGCAGAAAGGAAGAGGAACGUCGUCAGAUACGCUUCCCAUUCUCUCAUUUGUCCUGUCCGAUGGCCGUGGCUGCUGUUUCCACGGUCUGCGCUUUUGUAUUCCCUAAACACUGGUCUGCGGCGAGGAAGAGAAAAGCGGAUUCCGAUCGUAAUGGUGUUCCUUCUCCCGUUGGCUUCCCACAUUUUCCUCGGCAGCAACAGCAGAAGUUUGCCCCUCAAAAGAGACCGCUGCCAGCGACAAGUUUGGACUCAUACCUUGGCUCUCCUCCUCAGAAGUCGCCUGAUAUUCGCGAUGGUGAAGCAACGUCGUCACGUGGUUCGGGCAAAAAAUGCAAACUGGAUCUGUCAAAAAUGCCAGACAUAAUUAACAAGUUGUAUGGUGAGAAAUAG